AUGCCCACGGAUACAAUCGCCGCCAAAGAUAUUCGGAUAGUCCUAAGCUGCACGUUGUUUUCUAUCAACCCCGUUACGGACAACUUUCAACGUUGGGCAUUGUGUCUUAAUGCCGAUGAUCUCGAUGUAACCUUUGAGGCUACUGGAUCGCAUCCACUCUUCCAGCCCGAUGUCGAGUAUUCGAGACCGGAACAUUCGAAGAAUUAUGUUGGAAAAGUCUUCGUUGCUACGAUUAGCGAUGAAGACAUUCAAAGAGUGUACGAUGUUUCCGAUGCGACACCUGUGAAUAACCGUAACGUGGAAUGGGAUUGUCAGGACUAUGUGCUUGAUGUUCUUGACAGGCUAGAAAAUGAGUGCAUAUUGAGUACCGUACAGCCAGAGAGGAAUUGA